GGCAUGAAGAAGAAACAUAAGCUUCGAAACGUUUACAGCGUGUCAAAUUUGAACUUGCCCACGCAGAGCCUGAGCGAAGCAGACCUACGAAGUUCUUCACGCCAUAAGCAGAAACUACCACUGGAGCCAUACAGUGGAGCAGUGCCAAAGCUUCUGAUAGGACUUGACCAUUGCCAUCUGGGCAUACCUGCUGGGAUCAUGCAAAUUAAUUGUAUCGGGCCGUACGCUGCCAAUACUGAGCUUGGUUGGACCGUGUUUGGGCCAAGGGUGGAAACUUCAUCUAGCACGCAAGUAUGUUUGUUUACGAAGCCAGCUUCAGAUCAAGCGAUGCAUGAUAUGAUUGCAGAAUACUUCGAAACUGAGAGCUUCGGUGUAAAGCCAUUCCCGCCGGUUGAAAGUGCGGCUGACCUGCGCGCAAAGGCAAUUUUGCAUUCAACAACACGCCGAACAAACGGUCGAUAUGAGACCGGCCUAUUAUGGAAGUAUGGCGAUAUUGAGAUGCCCGACAGCUAA